AUGAAAUCUUUCAAGGAAGAAUUGACGUUAGCUGAAAGGCUCGCGGAAUCGAAGGAAAUACUCGCUAAGUACCCUACUCGGAUUCCAGUAAUUGCUGAGAAGUAUUGCAAAACCGAUCUUCCUGCAAUCGAGAAGAAGAAGUUCCUAGUUCCACGAGAUAUGUCUGUUGGCCAAUUCAUCUACAUCUUGAGUGCUAGAUUACAACUGUCUCCUGGCAAAGCAUUAUUCGUGUUCGUGAAUAACACUCUGCUUCAAACAGCUGCUCUAAUGGAUUCGGUCUACGAGACUUACAAAGACAAAGAUGGAUUCGUUUACAUGUGCUAUAGCAGUGAGAAAACCUUCGGUUGA